AUGAGUCGUAAAAUUCAAUUAACAUUAGGUCGUCAAAAUGAUGAAAUAUUUAUUCCAUCAACAAAUCCAAGUACACAAGAUGAUGUUAAACAAUUAGAAGAACGUUUUCAUAUGCAAUUAUAUAAAGAAUUAGCACUUGAAAAUGGUUUAUGUCCAAAACGUCGUCAAAUAUAUGAUGAUUUAUUUGAUGAACUUAUUCGUAUAACUAAAAUUCAUUGUUUUGAACGUGGUCAGUUACUUGAACGAAUUAAAAAUGAACAUCAACAAUGGAUGAAUACAUACGAAGAAUUAUAUUCAAGUAGUAUGGCCUAUGCUAUUAGACAAUAUUUAUAUAGAAUGGAAGAAAAAAAACAUUUAGAACUUACGAUCGAUAAUUUAGAAAAUGAUUGUCAACAAUUACGUAAUGAACUUGAAAAAGAAUCAAUUAAAUUUCAAAAUUUAACUGAACAACUUGAUCAAAAUAAUCAACAAGAAGAUAAUAAAUUGCAUAAAUUACAUAAUACUGUUAAGUUUUUUCGUGCACAACAUACAAGAUUUCAAAAUGAUCUUGAAAAUACAUUAAAUCAAAUUUUAUCAUCAACUAUUUUUCUUGGAGAUUCAAUCGAUGAUGAGAAGAAAAAAACAACAUAA